GAUGGGCACAUCCAAACAAGAAAGUUAAAAUCUACCCUAACAGGCACUGUAUUUCUAUUGGGCAACCCUAGCUAGAUUCCUGUUAUUUUGUUAAAAUUUUCAAUGGAUAAAAUUAAUGAUGAACUGAAUGUAACAUAUAUUACCUUUGGGGGACAUGUCGAAUUGCAGAAAUACAGAUUUCUGUACUUUGCAGUCACGUUUACUGUGUAUCUUCUAAUAAUCUGCAGUAACUCAACCAUCUUGUAUCUCAUCUGGAUCCACAAAAGCCUUCAUGAACCUAUGUACAUUUUCAUUGCAGGUUUGCUUUGUAACUCGCUUUUUUUAAGUACAAACAUUUAUCCAAAACUUCUGAUCGACCUUUUAUCUGACUUUCAGAUUAUAACGUUUUUGUCAUGUAGAAUUCAGGCUAUGAUUUAUUACUCUUUAAGUGGUUCUGAGUUUCUCCUUUUGGCAGCCAUGGCCUACGACAGGUACGUCUCCAUCUGUAAACCUCUGCAAUAUCAAACUAUUAUGAGAAAAAAAACUGUGACUACUUUGCUGGUUUUAGCUUGGCUUUUGCCACCCUGUCAGCUUGUACCUGGGUUUAUAUUAGGUAAUAGUUUAAAAAUCUGUAAUUAUACUUUGAAUGGAAUUUUUUGCAACAAUGCUGUUACAAAGCUGUACUGUAUGAGCUCAAAUGGAUCCUAUAUUAUAUAUGGUGUGUUUCUGGUAUUUAACACUGUAUUUGUUCCUUUGGUGUUCAUACUUUUUACCUACAGUAAAAUACUCAUUAUAUCCUAUAGAAGAGGCUCAAUUGUCAGGAAAAAGGCUGUGCAGACGUGUACUCCACACCUGCUGAUACUAAUCAGUUUUUCCUUUUUGUGUUCAUAUGAUGUUAUCAUAGCCCGACUGGAAAUUGAUUUACCCAGAACUGCACGUUCAAUAAUGACUUUACAGGUGGUUUUGUAUCAACCUCUUUUUAAUCCAGUAAUCUAUGGUCUAAAGAUGACAGAUAUCAAUAAACAACUCAAGAGGCUUUUCAGUCGAGGCAGAUUCUGUGUAUCUGCUGCACUGAUAAAUAAUUGACAGUUUGUCUCCAAUCUGAUAUUGAUAUAUGAUUUGAAUAUCUUAAAAUAAAUUACAGCCAUAGAUCUAGUGUCUUGUGAGUAUAAUGACAUAUGUGUAAUUACAUCUUAUAGUUCAUUAACAUAAGGUUUCUGAAAAUCAAACUUAAAUGUUCUGUUCAUAGUUUUUCUUCUAUUGCUUUUAUUGUAAAAUAUUAAUAUAUUGUUAUCUUUUCUUGUUUUUUCGUAGUUUGACCUAAUUAUGUUAA